AUGCACCUAUAUAAUUCAAAAAAAAAUCUAUUACUAUUCAUUCAAAAAGCUUCAAUUUCAGAGCCAGAUCUUCAACAAUGCAUCCUUCAUACUCCCGUUCAACAUCUAGCUAUCCAAACUGUUGGCACUUUUGGCUUAGAACUUACCGUGGCCGUAAAUCUAACUUUGGCAGCGGUACGACUGGUGACACUGUUGUUUGGACCCAAGCAAGCCAACAGAGUUGCCGGUGUUGGCAUACUUAUCUCCGUCAUAUGGUCAGUCUCAAUGUGUGUAUUUCACCAGCUAGGACUAGUCACAAAAAUAUGGCUAGACGAAAAUGGCAAGUACGUAGAUCGGCUUUUACCCCCGUUCAAUAUUAUUCGUAUCCCAUUAUUAAUUACUGAGCUAUUUGCAACAUUUCUUUUAUAUAUGGUAACUAUCAUUCUUCUGAAAACAAAAUCUGGCUCAGACGCUGCAAACAUGGUCAAAAGUGAAAAGCGUUUCCUCAUUCAGUCCUUGCUGACAUUCCUCAGCGAACUUAUCCAUCUUUAUGGAACAUUCUGGAUUGGACACCGUUAUCUUCAUCUCGGUGAUGCGCAAUUCAAUGCAAACUUGAAUUUCAUCAGCAGACCCAUCUCCGUUGGCCUCACACCGGUAACUAUUUGUGAAGUCUUUUUAUUGUGA